GCGUCUCUGCUCAUCUGGUCCCUGUUUUACCACGUCUGCCUCCUUGAGCUCGCCAGCUCCACCCAAACCGCAGCCUACAGCUGCUCUCUGCUGGGCCACGUUGAGAUGCCAGGCUUUCUGGCUGAUGGAGACUACAUCAUUGGGGGGAUUUUCCCUAUGCACUACAGGGUGGAGCUGCCCCCCACAAACUACACCCAGAAACCAGCUUCUGCACAGUGUCUGGGGUUCGACCCCAGGGCUCUCCGAUGGGCUCAAGCUUUGAGAUUUGCUGUAAAGGAGAUCAACCGGAGUGAGAACCUACUGCCCAACCUCACUCUGGGCUACAGGAUCCAUGAUUCCUGCGCAACUCCCCUCACAGCCCAGCGGGCUGUUCUCUCUGUUCUGAACCGGCCGUAUGAAGACCAGAAUGACAUGUGUUCUGGUGCCGACCCACUUUUGGCUGUGGUUGGAGAAUCUGGGUCGUCACAGUCUAUUGUCGUGUCCAGAACUCUGCAGCCCUUAAGAACCCCUAUGAUCAGCUAUUUUUCAACCUGCUCAUGCCUGAGUAACCGGAGAGAAUUCCCCACCUUUUUCAGAGUCGUCCCUAAUGACGACUAUCAGGUAAAAGCCAUCGCGCAGCUCUUGAAGCAUUUCGGUUGGACCUGGGUUGGCGUGGUCACAGAGGACCAUGACUAUGGCAGGUUUGCCCUCCAGGGUCUCAGGAUAGCUAUCAAAGAUAUGGAUAUUUGUUUAGCAUACCACCAAAUGAUACCAAAAGUCUACAAUCGAGAAAAAGUGCUUGAAAUUCUCAAUAUCAUCAAGUUCUCUACUGCCAGAGUGGUCGUCAUUUUCUCCGGGGAAGGGGAGCUUUACCCCUUCAUGAAGGAAUACAUGGAUCAUAACAUCACUGGGAUUCAGCUGAUCGCCAGUGAAGCCUGGGUAACGGCCUCGGUGAUAGCAGAAACCUACCCCUUCCUCACUGGCACCAUCGGGUUUGCCAUCCGCCAUGGGAUGGUCCCUGGGCUCAGGGAUUACCUGCUGACUGUGAACCCGCUGAGGUACCCCAACAACUCCCUGGUACACGAGCUGUGGGCUGCUUUGUACGGUUGUUCCAUGCAACAUCCUGGCAGCAGGAGCCCGGUCUCCCCAGAGCUGCCCUCCUGCACAGGGUCGGAGCCCCUCCUCAAACAGCACUCUGCCUACCUGAACACAUCCAGCUUCCGUGUGACCUACAAUGUGUAUAAGGCUGUGUACGCCAUCGCCCACUCCCUCCAUAACCUGCUCAGCUGUGAGCCUGGAAAAGGGCCUUUCCAGAACUCAUCGUGUGCCAACACCACCAGCAUCUAUCCAUGGCAGCUUCAGCAGUAUCUUCAAGACGUCUCCUUCUCCAUCUCUGGAGAGAAGGUGAACUUCGAUGAGAAGGGUGACGCCAUCCCAUCCUAUGAUCUUAUCAACUGGCAACGGGGCACAGCCGGAAAUAUAGAGUUUGUCAAAGUGGGCAUGUUUGAUGGCUCAAGGGAUGCUGGGAAGGAGCUGUUCAUCCAGGACGAGGCCAUCGUGUGGACGGGCCAUCAGAGCGAGGCAAGCUGCACACACUGGGUAUUUCAGUACAUGCGAUGCCAUCUUUUGAGCUUCUGUAGGGUGAGGUGGAGCUGCACUCCAGGAUCUAGGAAGGCUUUCCGUCCUGGGGAGCCUCUGUGCUGCUUUGACUGUGUACCAUGUGACAGCGGCAAGAUUAGUAAUCAGACAGAUUCAAUAGACUGCACACCUUGUCCUGAGGACUACUGGUCCAACGCAGCCAGGACAGAAUGCAUAGUAAAGACAGUUGAGUUCCUCUCCCAUGAUGCAAUGGGGCUGGCCCUAACUGUGAUUUCCAUAGCGGGAGCUUGCCUCACCGCCGCUGUACUGUCAGUAUUCACACACCACAGGAACACUCCCAUCGUUCGGGUCAACAACUCGGAGCUGAGCUACUUCAUCCUCCUCUCUCUAGUCCUGUGCUUCCUCUGCGCCCUACUGUUUAUCGGAGAGCCCACACCGUGGUCCUGCAUGCUGCGUCACACUGCCUUCAGCAUCACCUUCUCCCUCUGCAUCUCCUGCAUCCUGGGAAAGACUCUGGUUGUGUUGGCAGCUUUUACAGCAGCCAGGCCUGGCAACAACAUCAUGAAGUGGCUGGGACCCAAACAACAGAGAGUGAUCAUCUUCAGCUGCACCUUAGUGCAGGUCGUCAUCUGUGCCGUGUGGCUGGCUGCCGCUCCACCGUUCCCCUUCAAAAACACUCAGUACAGCAGGUCCAAGAUCAUCCUGGAGUGCAGUGUGGGCUCCAGCUUGGCCUUCUGGUGCGUUCUGGGAUACAUCGGCCUCCAAGCUUGCCUGUGCUUUGUCCUGGCCUUUCUCGCUCGCAAACUGCCGGGCAAUUUUAACGAGGCGAAGUACAUCACCUUCAGCAUGCUUAUCUUCUGCGCUGUGUGGCUCGCCUUCAUUCCUGCGUACAUCAGCUCACCUGGAAAGUUCACAGUGGCUGUAGAAAUCUUUGCUAUCCUAGCCUCUAGCUUUGGUCUGCUGUUCUGUUUGUUUGCUCCAAAAUGCUAUAUCAUUUUAUUAAAACCAGAGAGAAACACUAAACAGCAUCUCAUGGGAAGGGUAAUCACAUAAUCAAUCAAUUUUAUUUAAAUGGUUGAGUUCCAAACUUUCAUAUACAGCCCACAUUGUAGUAU